CUUCAUAGUUACGACUGAUCGCUACCACCAUGGAAGGCGUACUUUUGUUGUUGAAUGCAAUCAUCAUUUUGACUUGUAAUUCUCAUGAUUUAAGAAUUGAUUUCACAAAUGUAUCAAAGCUAGUGAACUUUGAGUUAAUAUCCAGCGAGUUUCAAAGAGUUACAGACUAUUUCAUAUGGACAUGGACAAAUAUUUCAGCAGUUCAUGUUCAAAAUUUUGUUAUUUUUGUGGUGUUCCUGUUUAUUCUAUACCAGUUGGUUCUGCAGAGGUCUUCAGAGAAAGAAGUCGAAAAUAUUCUUGACCAGUACAGAAUAGGAGAAGCCAGAGUCAUGCAUAUUUCACAUUUCAAAAAAGACGUCGCAAACCUAUUUUCUACCAUUGAAAUUCAGUCCAAAGAUGUACAUAAAAAAUAUAAAAGAGCAGAAUCCAUGAUUUCAAAACCAGAUAAUUGUGUCCGCAUGAGACAAGAUUACCAGUCAAUGAAACACAACUGGAAUAAAGAAUUUGACUGCAUCAGCCGAUUUGAUAUUGAGUAUUUAAAAGGACAGAAAACUUCACACACUAAAGUUCUUCUCACUAUGGCUAAAGGAUUUGUAGACAAAGAAUUAGGUAUUAUAAAGAAUGAUAUGGCUGAGGAGAUGUUGUCGCUUGAACAAGUGGAUAGAGAUGUUAGAUCUCUACAGAACUAUUUUCGCAAGUGA